CCCCAGAAGACCAGAUAUUUCAUCAUUUUUUGGGAAAUUACCUCCCACAGACUCAGCCUUGUACAAAGUUAAUUAUUAGUUAUGUCCUGGGUAUAUUUAUGACAUACAUAAACAUUCUGUCAGACAUAACCAGACUUGCUUAUUACCAGUUCUUUGCUUGUCAAUCGUCUGAGAAGUUCACAGCAACAUGGGGAACAUGCACUGUCCUGCUGAAGAUGCAGCCCACCUGGCUGCUGUUGCUCGAGACAUCUGUCCCUUCCCAAGCUACAACUACAGUCCUCAUUUUGUCCACAUGAUGUCCAUCAACUCUUCACGUAACCUGCAUGAGCACUACACAGCAGUGCAGCGCUCGUUGACUCCCAAACAGCUGGAGGACUUCACCCAGAGUCUGAGGACCACUUUUGGCCGUGAGGGUAAAGUGACUCUGGGUGGGGUGGGUGUUGUGGCUCUGUCUCUGGCUGUGCUGUUUGAUACUCUUGCCAAACAAGUCAGGGGAGAGGUGGUGUCUGAUGCGGGGCCCAUCCCAGGGCUUUUUGUCAAAGACCCACGAGGUUAUUACCCGCCUCAAGUCGACACGAUAAGCAAAUACCUGAGACUGGUGCCUCACAUUGCUAACAAUCCCGACAGGAUGAAACAAGAGACAGCGAGGUUUUUAUAUCAGUUAAAAGCUGAUGAAGAAGAUUUGAAUCAACCUGGAAAAAACAACUCAGUGCCAUUACAUGAAGACGUCACUCUCAUCAAUCGGAUGCUUGGGUUUUUUUUUACAGUUGGUUUGAAAAUUCACCUUCAGCGUAUUAGCAAUGUGACCUUAGAUUAUGAUGUGACCUUAGAUAAUAAGAAUAGCAAGUCGCUAGAUAGUACUGUCACCUUCAAUUUAAAUUGUGACACAGAAGCAGCUGAAAAAGACUUCUUGGCAAAAGUGGAGAGCUCUGAAAAUCUCACAAAGCAAGCCUUUGAGGCCUGCAAACCAAAGGACUCUGCUUGGUUCUUGUUUUUGAUCGAUCCUCGGGAUAGGAGGUCAAUGCCACUGUUACGCCAUGUUGCAAAAUUAGAGUUUGUCGAUGUCAUGCUCUUCCCAAUGUUUUCGUUUGGAAACAAUGACCGAGACGACUUUGUUCGCCAAAGAGACAACUUUGACCUGAAGGUUCAUGCAUUGGGGAAAUGGCCUUAAUCCAGUUAUUGUCAUACAAAUAAGUAUGAAGUUUUUUUCCCCCCAAAAGAUGUCUCAGUAAAAUUACACGUAUUUGAACUAAUGUCUUAUUUUUCCUUUUUUUUAUCUAAAAUGAACGAGGUAGUUUGAAGUGGUGGGAAAAGAUUUAUGAACUAACAUUUUACCUGUUGCAGAUACCUCUAGCAUUUCAGGUCCAGCCUGGAUUAUCAUUAAUUGUCUGCAAAAAUAACUGCACAAUGUAAAACUGAAGAUGAUAUAAUAGCAUCUGCAUGAACUGUUAUUAAAUUUGAAGUUUGGAGUAGUUGAAA